ACUGCCAAUUCCUUGGGGCAGCCGAAUGGAUCAACGCCUUCUGCAGUGAACCCAGGUCUUUGUUCUAACGUUGUGCUACCCACCUCAACUAGUCUCCCUAAAUCUAAACAGAUUAUCGGUACUGGGCCUGACAUCAGUGCGACUUGUGACCCUGCAUCUGACGCUUCCGCCUUUGGCAAUAUUAAGAAUGGCACGAACGUAUCCGGAACAGUUCGGAAUCCCGUCAGUGGCUCUGGAAGUGUGUCAGCCGCACGUUCGUAUUACACAGCAACAUUCCGAAUCUCCUUUAUGCAUCACGGCGAUAUCUGCUACAUGGCCUAUCACUAUCCAUAUACCUACACCAGUCUGAUGGUUGAUAUUGCCCGUUGGCAAGCUCGGCUGGCAGCAACCCCAUAUUCCGAAAAUGAAUCUGAAAAGCAUCACAUUACAGAUCAGCUUGCGCACCAUCAGCCAAAGCAGCAGAAUGAGUCCAAAUGUUGCUUUGAAGAUAGCUUUUUCUCUGUGCAGACCCUUGCUACAAGCCUGCUCGGCAACCUGGUGCCUGUGAUGACGAUAACAGCCGACCAACCGCCUAACGCGAUUGAAGUUAGCGACAGUAAAGAUACAUUGUCGAAUGAGGCAAUGGACGAAGAACGAUUGUUUCCUGUCUGCAGUCAGGUGUCACAAAAUGUUGAUAACGUUUCAAAUUGGACGACAACGAAUGCGGCUCCCGUAGACAAGCAGUUAAAUGAGCCUAUUCUUGGAUUCUCUCGAGGCAAAAUAGAUAAACAAAACGAUUUAUCCUCUUACAACGAGGAAAGUAUGCGUAAAGGGGAAAGUGAAAAUAAAGAAGACAAAAUAGGGUCAGAUGGGAGCAGUCUGAAGUAUCUCUGCGAUGACCUGAAUGUAGCUGAUGACGAACUAAUCCAGGUUGAUAAAGAAUGGAAUUCGCUGAUGCCUUCUCUUAGAAACAUCGAGUAUAUUAGCUACUUAAAGUCCGGUUUAAUGGAUAAAUCAUGUAAAGACCUGCCUUGUCUUCUUAUAAAAAGAGCUAUUCUACGAAGUUUAAUUCAAGCAGGAGACCUCUGUCAGGUACUAUCGGACGAGUGA